AAGUAUUUUUAAGACAACUCUAUACAUAUAUUUUUCAUGUUUUCAAACCAAAUAUCUUAAAAGUUAUUGGAAGUUAAAGUUUCACAAAUUUGACUAGGUCUUGUUCAAAACGUGAAAUAUUUAUAACCGGAGGGAGUGCUAAUCUCCACUUUCAUGCUGUUGCAUAAUUAUGGAACAGUUUUGCAACAUCUUUGCCCCUCUAAACCAUACAUUACACUGCAAUAAUUCUCCAAGAUAGAAGGACACGGACAUUGCAUGGCCUAACUGAACCAUCAACCAAACUCCAAACUUGACACUGCAGUGUUUCAAAAUAAAUAAAUAAAAAGGCACUGCAGAUGGAUCAGUCAAGCACUGGUCAACGGUCAAUCUGCAAGCGAGCUGCAGCUAGGAGGCGAGUAGGAGGCCACACUCGAGCAUGCACUUCUCCUGACACGUCCCUACGAACCCCUACCUAAACCUCCUCACGGCGCCCUAUAUACAUGACCUCGAGAUGCUCUCCGCCAUGCAGCACCACGCCGACGACGACGUCGACCGAUCGCUGUGCCAAGAAACCAGCCUCGGAUUGAUCGGCAAUGGACCACCACCGUCGCCGCAGCCGCCUCGCCGUCAUCGUUGCCGCGACGCUCUGCCUGGUUGUUGUGCACGAAGGGAGGUGCGGGGCCGCGGCGAGGCCGCUGAGGCGCCUGCACGCGGCCGAGGAGAAGACGGCGGAGGCGGUGCUGGACGUGGCAGCUGCGGAGGCGCCGGAGGGCGUCAGGUGGGGAGGUGGCGGGGACGCUCUCGGCGCGGGGAAGUGGCUGCCUAUGCCUAUGCCUAUGCCGAUGCCGAUGUCAUUGACGAUACCGGCGGCGAGCGCGCUGGCGGGCGGGCUGCGGUUCCCGCCGGUGUUCCCGGGGGCCGGCGCGUCCAUGCCGUGGCUGCCCGGCGCGCCGCCCGCGUUCGCCGGGCCGGGGGGCCUGCCGGCGCUCGUGCCGCCGUACGUAGGCGCCACGCGGCAGGAGCAGCUCAGUCUGUGGGCGUCGCUGUUCAACCCGCUGCAGGUCCGGCCGAGGCUGCCGGGCGCGAUCGGAGGCGGCGAGACGACGGUGGGGCCGGCCGAGCGCGGGGUCCCGGCCAUCGCCAGCGGCGGCAAGGCGGCGGAAGGGGAGACCAUGGACGUGCCGGCCGCCGGCGCCGUGCAGGCCGGCGAGCCCAAGUGGGGCGUCUUCUUGGGGAACAUCGAUCAUCGCAACUAACUCAUGAUUAAUUAUGUCGCUAAAUAAGCUAAUUAGCUUAGUAUAUAAAUGAAUGAAUUUAUCAGUGUGUGAUUUCUUUUUGGACAAUGUCACUAGU